UUGAAAAAGCCACCAUGACAUUACUUGUAUGUCUGUAGUCCAUAACAAACUACUAACAGCCAGAAGCAGCACUUAAGUUUAUUAGGUUUCCAAUCCUCUUAUGAUGAGACCCGCUGACCGCUCUUGAUUGGAAGCCUGGUAUCCGGAUAUGAGCGUCACUAAAUCAGCAUCCAGCGCAAGACGCAGCCGCUUUGGGAAAUGGCCGGACUAUCCAAACUGUCCGACAGACUCAGAUGAGAGUGAGAUGAUCCUCCUAUAAAAUGCGUACAGUAGCCUGCACUUGGUCAUGUAACUUGUGAAAUCAUUAUACAAGAGAACAAACCGGAUUGUUUGUGGCAGUGGUAUCUCAAAGGACAUAAUGACUUCGGCUGUUCCUCGAUCGGGAUUUGUUGUCUUUUGCGUGAUUUUAGUCAUGAUUUGUGCCCUGUACCCUGUGCUGAAGACAGUGUGUGUUCAGAUUCACUCUGCUGUCACAGGAAGCUAUGUGGCCGGAUAUCACUCUGUGCUGCUUGUCAACUGUCCCACAGAACAAACCGCUAGAGACAUUGGGAGGAGCAUCAUGGAGAAAAGGCUGGCAGCUUGUGUGAAUAUAUUUCCUCGCACUACCACUAUGUACUACUGGAAAGGAGAGAUACGGGAUACCUCGGAAAUACUGUUGCUUGUGAGGACAAGAACAUUUCUGGUGCAAAGACUUGUGACUUAUAUAAAGGCUGUUGCUAAGGUGUUUUUUAAUGAGUUGCUAGGGUAUUCUGGUUGGGUGCUUACUGGCCAAGUCAAAAGUUCCCCAAGUGUCUGAUAUUCAGGUCUCACAUGGCUCAGGUUCUUUCUCCAGUUUAAGCUUAUUGGAUUUGUUUGGCCUUUUGUCCACCAGGCAAAAACCAUUUAAACAAGCACUUAAAAAGUAAUAGCAUACCUCUUCUCAGCAAGCCACAUGAUUUAGGAUUUCAUUUAAAUGUUUGAAUAUAUAGACAAUGUCUAGUGCAUGUUGUGUUAUUCACAGCAUGUAGUGAUGCAUCACUAAUCCAGGGUUCCAAAUCAAAUUAGCUGUUAUAUGAACCAAAUUAAGUGACUGUUGUAUGAGACUUUCUCAUAUGGUAUAAUGGUUUCCAUGACAACAAAGCAUCAUAGUCAAAGAAAAUUGUGUGGAUCUUACAAAAUGCUCUCUUUGUGGUACCUGUAAGCAGGUCAAAAAGAUAUGUCCUCUUACCUCACAUACUUCUGAGUGACACUUUUACUUCCUGCAUUUGUCUGCAUUUAUUUGAACAAAAAUGCAGUUAAAAGAGGAAUAUUGCGAAACAUUAUUAUACAGAGAUUAACACAGAAUAGUAGUUCAAAAACCACAUUUAUAGAGAAAAAAAAAUGUAAUAAUAGUAUUGUCUUUAAAAAAAAAAUCAUACUCACCCCAUGCUUUUGAAAGAUAAGAACAGUAUAGGUGUUUCAUUUGCAUUUAUUCCUUUUGAUAUUAUCACAUUCAAAAACAUUGUUUUAACUAGGACUUAUUU